CCUCCCUUUCCCCUUCCCUCCCUCCCUCUCCCCGCGGGCCGCCAGAGGCAAUUUCGCCCUCGAUUCGACCCCGAUUCGUCCGCCCGCGACCGGGAUUCCCUCCGCCAAGCGCGGAUCUGAACGCUGCGCUCCGUGUCGCCGCUCGAAUCCGCCAUGAAGGGGGCCAAAUCCAAGGGCGCCGCCAAGGCCGAUGCCAAGCUGGCGGUGAAGAGCAAGGGGGCGGAGAAGCCCGCCAAGGGCAGGAAAGGGAAGGCCGGCAAGGACCCCAACAAGCCUAAGAGGGCUCCCAGCGCUUUCUUCGUGUUCAUGGAGGAAUUUCGCAAGGAGUUCAAGGAGAAGAACCCUAAGAACAAGUCUGUCGCUGCGGUGGGGAAAGCUGCUGGCGACAGGUGGAAAUCCCUGAGCGAGUCGGACAAGGCUCCCUAUGUAGCCAAGGCUAACAAGCUCAAGCUCGAGUACAACAAGGCCAUCGCUGCCUACAACAAGGGCGAGAGCACUGCAGCUAAGAAGGCUCCUGCCAAGGAGGAAGAGGAGGAAGAUGAAGAGGAGUCUGACAAGUCCAAGUCGGAGGUCAAUGACGAGGAUGAUGAAGAGGGUAGUGAGGAGGAUGAAGAUGAUGACGAGUGAUGGAGCUCCUCGAGACAAUGGACCGUGCUUCAUCCAACAAUGGAGCGGCUACACAAGGCCCCGUGGCGAUCACAAAAAAGGAGCCUAUAUCCAUGUACUAGAAUUAUUCAGUUUCACUCCACAUCGUGAUGUUUUAUUUUUACUUUUGUCGUGCUAUAACGGAUAGCGCUCCUCGUUGGCGCCACUGGCGGGUGGUUCUGCCUCUGGUCUGGUGUGUUUGUGUGUGGUCACACUUGCCAGCCAGCAGAGGCGCCUGCUUGUACCUAGAUUACUGUUUCCAUUGUCGUCAUCAUCGGCUAACAUUGUCAUAAUGUCAGUUUGGGUAAUGUUAGAUUAAGUAAUUAUUGUGUUCUGUAUUCUUGUUUGUUGCCCUUCUUUUGUGUGUUUUUGUUAUUGUUGGUCUGUUUCCAUUGUUGUUGCUUUGGCAUUGUCAGUGCCCGCCAGCCCUGAAAAUUGCCGUUUGGGUGGGUUUGCGUGUACUUCGUAUUAUGAUGUUGGGCUGCACAUUGUAGCUGGGAAUGUUUGCCAAAAAAUGGAAUGGGCAUGCGGUGGUUGUUGGUGG